AAUUAUUAAUAAUCUAGAUGAACUAGUCCAACUGAAUCUAGAGAUAUGCAAGGCUGCUAGACGAGAAAAUAAUCUUCAUCUCUCAUCUAGACAUCUUUUGCAGUCAUUCUCUGCCCAGUGUUCUAGUUUAGCCGAGUACGUGAAAACCUUUGAUAUUGAUAUUUUCUCAGCACAGUUGACUUGGCAGAAUGCUGCAAUUCUCCGUCAGGCGUGUAAAACAUUACUAGCCUCGGAUACAAACUCAUCAGAAAUAGCUGUCUCGGCCAUAUCAGGAGUGGCGCUUUCAGCUUGUCAAGUGAUGUUAACGCUUCGAUAUGAUGAAUCGAUGGGUCAACUUCUUCAGGAGUCUAGUAGAGCACUUUUAAACCUUACCUCGGCGCUGCAAGCGGACUCGACUCUGUUUGAAAAGGUUUAUCCCGAUCCUAAGAGUGUAAAACUAGAUGCAGCCACCAUAACUCAGGUGCUUCAAAUGGAAUCAAUUAUUCCCCCAAACAGAGAAACACUUCAAAAAACCAUUCCUUUGGCAGAGGUUGCUAGCGAGAAUGAUUUGGUUAUUGGCAGAUUACUUCGUUUAUCUGUUCUUCAGGAUCCAUCACUCUCGAAAGGUUGGAACAAGCUGGCUGACUGGGCGUAUCAGAUGGGUCAGCAGGUUGUAGAAAACGCUGCUAAAAGUAAUAACAAGGUACCAUUGACACCUGAGGAGUUGGAAACCCUGGACAAAUUAAUACCAAAUAUAGCGGAGAGCAGUAAAAAGAAAAUUAUCAAUAUCAUCAGUCAAGUCAAGCUAAAGGACUCUCAUUUAGCUGGAUAUGAGUAUGAGAAGUGGGAUUUUAUGAGGCGGGAUCUACGUGAGGUGAAUGCUCUGAUGAGUGUGGAUGAUGAUAUAUUCCAGGGAAUUAUUGGACUCUGGAUAUCCGUCUUCAGGAGAACAUAUGCUCUGUACGAUCUAGCGGGAGAAGCAUAUUUCAAGUAUUUGAGUUUAUGUGGAGAAACUCCGGCUUCUGGGACAAUUUCAGCCAGCUUGAGACUUCUUCAUCUUACAGUUAAUCAUACAAUGGAACUCCAGGAUAUACAGCUUGGUCUUAGCAAGACCCCGAGCACCCAGUGGAAAGCUAUUAUCCCUCAACUGUUCUCCAGGCUAAAUCAUCCUGUUCCAGUAGUUAGACAAAGGAUAUCAGAUCUACUCUGCAGAAUUAGCGCUAAGUAUCCAGAGCUCAUCAUAUUUCCUGCUGUUGUCGGUAGUUUAACUACUGGAGCUCAAACAAGUGAAACUCUUACUAAUAUAUUUAGUGGAACUCUUCUUAAUAAGGAGACUGUUGUAACUACUACUAGUGACCAGGAGACUGAAGGACAGAGUAAUGUUCUGAUGCUGAGCGCGCAUCAGAAGAUUGUCGAAGAACUGAAGAAAGUGAUGCCAACGGCCGUUGACCAGGUUUCCUCCUUUGUGAGUGAACUGAGGAGGAUUACUCUACUCUGGGAUGAACUUUGGCUAGGAACCCUAGCUCAGUAUAGCGGGGAGGUGCAGAGGAGGAUUAACAGGUUUGAGCAGGAGAGUGGCAGACUAGAAUCCAACUCUAGUUUAACUGUAGAUGAUAAACUGAAGCUUGUUAAAGACAAAUAUAAUAUCGUCUUCACACCCAUCAUAUACGUUCUAGACCAGGUUGCUGCUAUCACAAAAUCUAGCCCCGAGACCCCCCACGAGGAGGAGUUCCAACGGAAGUACGGGACUGGAAUAGACACCCUGUUGGAGGGUAUCAAGAACCCUGAGGACUGGGGUACACCCUGUAAAGCCUGGAGCUAUCUACCCCAGCUCCAGGCUCGGUUAAACAGCAGGGUGAACAAGAAGAGUGCUCUAAAGCUAGCGGAGAUAUCUCCGUCCCUGUACUCGAUGAGGAACACGGAGAUAAUGAUGCCGGGGGACCUGGGAGGGAAGGAGCAUAGUGUACAGAUUGCAAGGUUCGAGGGUACUAUGACAGUUCUACCCACUAAGACGAAACCUAAGAAAUUCAGUCUGAUAGGAACUGAUGGAGGAAGAUAUACCUAUCUAUUCAAGGGUUUAGAAGAUCUUCACCUAGACGAGAGAAUAAUGCAGUUUCUAGGUAUUGCGAACCAGAUGCUGUCUAAGAAUAAGCGAGAAAGAGAUGUCAAGUACUUUGCUCGGAACUAUACUGUUAUUCCCUUAGGAUCAAGAUCUGGACUUAUUCAAUGGGUGGAAGGAGCUAUGCCUAUAUUUGCACUUUAUAAACGCUGGCAACUCAGGCAACAACAGCAUUUAGAGAAUGCCAAGAAGCUUGAAGAUGCCGCCAAGGUUGUUGGGAAACCAAGUGAUAUCUUCUAUGCUAAAAUUCUACCAAUCCUGAGGAAGCAUGGUGUGUCUAAAAUAGAGGAUCGUAAAUCCUGGCCGAUCUCGUUGCUGAAGCAGGUUCUUCAUGAGCUGGUUCAGGAGACUCCUAGAGAUCUUCUGGGUAAUCAAGUCUGGCUCAGAUCUGUCUCAGGCGAGCAGUGGUGGAAGAUAAUUCAGAACCUGGGAAGAUCCUUUGCUGUCAUGUCAAUCAUUGGAUAUAUCAUUGGUCUUGGAGAUAGACAUCUAGAUAAUAUUCUAGUUAAUCUAGACCAGGGUUAUGUUGUUCACAUCGAUUACAACAUCUGUUUCGAGAAAGGGAAGAUAUUAAGGAUCCCUGAACGUGUCCCUUGCCGCCUCACACAGAACAUUGUCUCAGUUCUAGGGGUAUCAGGGGUAGAGGGGCUUUUCAGGCUCGGUUGUGAAAGGACCCUCAGUGUAAUGAGAGAAGAAAGGGAGACUCUUUUAACUCUUCUAGAAGCAUUUGUUUAUGAUCCUCUUGUUGACUGGACAACUGGAAUUACAGGAGGGCUUGCUGGAGCUAUGUAUGGAGGAGGAGGAGCACAGGAGGAGAAUGAGAAAAGAGAAAUGGAGCAUAGUCUGACAUUCUCCAUGCUUGGAGUCAGAGUGACCGAGAUGAAAGGAGCUUGGUUAGAGAACAAGCAUGAUCUUCAAGCUGCCCUGAUGCAGGUGGACGAAGGACUUUCAUCUUGGCAAGAACUGGUUACCAUCUCCCAAAAGAAUGGAGAACAGCUGUCAGUCUUGCAUACAAACAUGUCUACAUUAAAGGAAGCUGAAGUGAAUCCAGGUCACAGACUGUACUCUAUUUUAGAUACAUACAGGAAGCUAUGGAAGGAGGGGUGGAUGUGGCUNGAUGUGGUUAAAAAUCAACUUCAAUCCUUUAUCUCCGAGUGUGACAAGAUACUGACGUUGUACAACAGAGCGACUGCAUCUGUAAGUGGACCCCAGCUUUCUAAGUGGGAUCAGGAAGCAGGUCGAUUGUUAGAACAAAACCAGAUUCUGAGCAGUAGAACAGUUUCUACAUUCUUAGAGAACGCAGGACAGAGAGAACAGCUUGCACAGUAUGUAAGUGUGGAGAAGGAUAUGAGGAUAAGGAUGACCGGCCUACUGGACGAGCUAAAGAGGAUUCUGGAGGAUCUUCAUGUAUAUUCUGCACUAACCAGGUCAACGAACAUUUACGCAAAUAUGCCGUACAUUUAACCAGAUGCAGCCUAA